AUCGCAGCACACGUUCGUUCAAGCAUGAACAGAUAAGAGCACUAGUUUAUCGUAUUCGUUGCGCACUGUCGUGACCUCUUUACUUCAUUUUCUUAGUAAAGUAGUAUGCUCCGCUUGCGUUAAAGCGAGACGACGCGUGUGCGUGCACCGUGUGCAGUUUAAAAUGUACUUGUUAAUAAUAACCGCUAUUGCGGUUCUAGUGUUCGCUAUUAAAAUAUAUCAGAAACUUACGUGUGCAAUUUGCCGGUCGAGCGCUCACAUGGUCGGCAAGGUAGUGAUUGUGACGGGUGGGAACAGCGGUAUAGGAUUAGAGACGGCGAAAAACUUGGCAGAGAGAGGAGCGCGAGUGAUCCUCGCGUGUCGGAGCGCUCGCCGUGCGGCGGCUGCCAAGGAAGAAAUCAUCAAAUUCUCCGGGAAUACCGACGUACACUACAUACCGUUAGAUUUGUCAUCCUUCCGCUCUAUAAAGGAAUUCAGUGAGCACAUACAGAAGACGGAGACACGUAUCGACGUCCUGAUCAACAAUGCGGGCGCCGGGGGACUCGGCAACUACAAGACCGAAGACGGUCUCCACGUCGGCAUGCAAGUCAAUUACUUUGGGCCCUUUCUCCUGACCUGCCUGUUACUACCGAAGCUGAAAGCCUCAGCACCGAGUCGAAUCAUAAACCUAUCCUCCAUUAUUCACAAGUACGGUUUAAUGGAUUUCGAUAACCUUAAUAUGGAAAAAUACUGGAGUGAUUACCUAGUGUAUGCGAAUAGUAAAUUGUAUAUUAAUUUGAUGACGCUGGAGUUGUGUGAGAGGCUGCGAGGCACCGAAGUGACCGUGAACGCCGUGCACCCGGGUAUCGCGGCGACUAAUAUAUUUCGGAAUAUACCGAUUGCGAUAAUGCGUACUGUGGUCGAGAAGGGAAUAGGGUUCAUGUUCCAGAGUCCGGUGGAGGCGUCGCAAACCGUCAUCCACCUGGCGGUGUCGCCUGAGGUGAGCGGGGUCAGCGGCCGAUAUUUCAAUAACUGCCAACAGAAACAACCGUCUAAGAUUUCACAGGAUCUAGAUAUUGCGAAGAAACUUUGGACACAUUCCGCAAGAUUAGUCAAAUAUUCUGAGACAGACUGAUUCAAUUAGUGUUGCGAGUUAAUGUUAUUUAUAUAGGAACUAUAUAUGUUGUUCAAAGAGUAGAUCUAUUAAGACUAUUAUCAUGACAAU